AGGCCAAGGGCAUUCAUCUCCUUUUUGACGCGCAGACCUAACGGACAAACAGUCCCUCUUUCUCUCUCUUCUCUUCUCUUCUCUUUCUACACCCACCCGAAUCUCGAAUCCGCAUAUGUUUCAAAACACUUGAAUCCAUCCGAUCCCUUUGAGAUCUCAGUCACCAUGGAAAUGCCUUCAAUUUCUUCGAGCCCUCGAACUGUCGAAGAGAUCUUCAAAGAUUACAGCGGUCGUCGUGCUGGCGUCAUUCGUGCCCUCACCUACGAUGUCGACGAGUUCUAUACACUCUGCGAUCCAGAAAAGGAGAAUUUGUGUUUGUACGGACACUCGAAUGAGAGUUGGGAAGUGACUCUGCCGGCUGAGGAGGUUCCGCCGGAGCUUCCAGAGCCAGCGUUAGGUAUCAAUUUCGCCAGAGAUGGGAUGAAACGUAGAGACUGGCUUUCGUUGGUAGCUGUGCAUACUGAUUCUUGGUUGCUCUCUGUUGCUUUUUAUUUCGGAGCACGCCUUAAUCGCAACGAAAGGAAGCGUCUGUUUAGCCUGAUAAAUGAUCUCCCCACCGUCUUUGAAGUCGUAACUGAGAGGAAGCCCACUAAGGAUAAGCCCAGUGUGGAUAGUGGAAGCAAAUCCAGGAUCAGUAUAAAGAGAUCAAAUGAUGGACAGUCGAAGCUAUAUAAUGCGGCUUAUGAGGAGCACGAAGAUGAACAUGGUGAAACCCUCUGUGGGAGCUGUGGGGGAAACUACAAUGCGGACGAGUUUUGGAUUGGCUGUGACAUUUGUGAGAGGUGGUUCCAUGGAAAGUGCGUAAAAAUAACGCCAGCCAAAGCGGAAAGUAUCAAGCAAUACAAAUGCCCUUCUUGCAGCACAAAGAGGGGCAGGCAGUAGUAGUGGCUGAAGAAGAAACUUUCUGGAAGGUUAACCUCAUUGCUUUAGCUGACUGGUGUUGUGUUAAAGCAAAUAUUAUAUAAGCCUAUUAGGAUGUAUUUUUAUUUUUAUUAUUAUUUUUUUUUAUGGGCUCUUUUAGUUGUCGUAAUUAUACAUAAUAGAUCCAUUUCCAAAUAGUCGAAGUUCGGCUUUUUCCAAGCUUACAUUGUUUCUGUCUCUGUAUGAUUCUAUAGUUUCUGUUUCAUAAGAUGCUGAUUGUAAUUGUUGUUUAUGACAUUGUAUUCUGUGAGACCCUGUUUCCUACACCAUCUUGAAAGCUUUUGACAUUUAAUUA